AUGUUGAUAGAUAAGAGGCAUGGUGAUCAUCAUUUCAUCAAUGUGAAAUGGGGUUAUAUUCUCCUAUUCAUAUCGUUGAUAUAUUAUGCUUUUCUAAUCUAUUUGAAUAUUCGAAAUUUCAACCGGUUGUACCUGAAAUCCUCGAUGAAACAUGUGCCACUCAUAAUUCAUGGCAUUAUUUGGCUGAUCAUCUUAAUUGCAACUUUCAUCAGUUUGUUGCAUGAAUUCAAUUGGGGGGCAUUUCUCAAGAGGUUUGGAAGAUUCAGUUAUGUUUUGGUUACCUUGGAUAUACUAUUGGUGAUACGUCCCAAUUUUAUUAAUUAUAUUUACCUAAUAACUACACACAAAUGGAUAUCUCGGUUGAUACUAUUCCUAGGCUCUAUUCACAGUGUUGGGUUCCUUGUAAGAUGGGUUCUACAAGGAGUCUUCUUAACGAAGUUUUUCAAGUGGGAAAACUCAUUAGGUUUUGCCAUAUUUUUGGCUUUUUCGAUCUUAGCUGUAUUUUCUUUAAAACCAUUCAGAAGAAUCAAUUAUGUACUUUUUUAUUUGAUUCAUAAUGUGACUUUAAUAUUAUUCAUAGGGUUGAUAGAUUUCCAUGCAAGACCGGGUGUUGAUUAUCUUACCAUAAUUAACGUAAUCUGUUUGAUUUUCCAGAUAAUGUCCAAAUUCAAUGUAAAUAAGGCAGUCGUCCAUGACUUGAAAACCUUCGGAGAUCUUACAGUCUUAUCUUUCGAAAUGCCUGAAAACUUCCCAUUAACAUUGCCAGGAUCCCAUUUGAGACUUAGUGUAAUGAACUGGUCAAACUAUUUCCUUCCCUCGCAUCCUUUUACUUUUAUUCAAAGAAGUUCCUCAAACAACGAUGUUAGUCCUACUAGUGCCAAUGCUAGUAUGAGUGAAAACGAAGACACGAAAGGCACAUUAGAUUUAGUUAUCAACAAUCGUCAUAGAUUCAAACCUUCACUAAGUCCAUAUCUUGUCUCAUAUCCAUAUAAUUCCAAGUUGAGUUUGAAGUCAUAUGACCAAGUUCUUUUGGUAGUAGGGGGCAGUGGUGUUGGAUAUGCCAUAUCAAUUUUGAAUUAUUAUAGACAAUUCCCCGAGUUCGAUUUAACGAAAAUCAAAACCAUUUGGGUUACAAGAAAUAAGAAAGAUCUCGGAAUUCUCGAUUAUUUCCGAUUAGGUGACGACUGGGACAUUUAUGUAACCAACAGUCCAAAUUAUACUACCAGCCAAGAGGGCGAAGAAAGUAGAGCUGAUGAAGUAGAAAUGGAACUACUCACUAACGAAGAUAAUGUUCGUCCUUUCAAAGAUGGUCGUCCCUUACUCACAAGUUAUCAAGGAGAUUUAUUGAUAUGCUGUGGGCCAGAGACAUUAAUAGAUGAGUGUGGCAAAUUGGCCAAGGAUAGAUCCAUUAGUUUCGUUCAUGAAUUCUAUGGGUUUUGA